CUUUCAUACACUUGCCUUGCACUCUCCUUUGGCUGCGACCAGCGCUCCUUUCCCAUCUGCGCAAGCCGAGAGCGACCAUGGCACAACCCUCGUUAGACUUAUCGGCCUUGACCGAAUCGCAGCAGCUCGCCCUUCAGCAGUACACUUCAGUGACGGACCAGGACCUCGAGUCCGCGAUACCUCUUCUUCAAAAGUGCCAAUGGAAUGCACAGAUCGCCAUCACGCGCUUUUUCGACGGCGACGCCGAGACCAUCGAUCCUGCAGCCGAAGCUGCUCGUGUACCGCCUCCAGCGCAGGAUGCUCGCCGAGCGGAGACCCUCAUGGAUGGCAUUCCCGUCAGAUCGUCACGACGAGGCCGAGCCUCUGGGUUAGAACCAGCACCACGAGUGGUGCCGACUCCUGAGUCCCAACUAACACAGCAAUUGCCCUUCUCCUUCACAAUCAUCCUCUUCCCAUUUAGCGUUGCCUACACCGUAUUUCAGCGACUGUUCGGCAGAAUCGGAUACCUCUUCCCUUUCCUACCGCGGUUAUUAGCACGCUUUUGGUCCGGACGAACUUCACGGCCUUCUCGAGAUGCUUCGCGCAGACCGCUGGCGCCGAGGGAUACGGCAGCACGUUUUAUUCGCGAGUUCGAGGAGGAGCACGGAGUCGAGCACGGCACACUGCCAUUUCACGAAGGAGGAUAUGCACAAGCAUUUGAUAUUGCAAAGAGGGAUCUGAAGUUCUUACUGAUUGUCUUGCUAUCGCCCGAGCAUGAUGAUAAUGCUGUUUUUGCAAGAGAUACACUUCUUGCGCCUGAGUUCGUGGAGUUCGUGAAGAACCCUAAUAACAAUGUGGUACUUUGGGCAGGUACUGUGCAAGACGCAGAGGCAUACCAGGUCAGCACUGCUUUGAACGUGAGCAAGUUCCCGUACACUGCUCUCGUGGUCCACACGCCCUCUGUCUCAUCGACCGCAAUGUCGAAGAUUGCAAGUUCCGCAGGCCCGGUUACCGCCCAGGAGCUCGUCUCGAAGAUACAGACAGCGAUGCAGAAUCAGAAUGCGGAACUAGACCGAGUGCGGCGGCAACGUCAGGAGCAGCAAGCUACCAGGAACCUGAGGCAAGAGCAAGAAAGUGCCUAUGAACGUUCCCUGGCUCUAGAUCGCGAGAAAGCACGAAAGAGGAAAGAGGAGGAGGCUGCGAAGGAGAAGGCCGAGCGCGAGCGAGCAGAGGCGGCUGAGCGUAAGAGCAGGGAAGCUCGUAAUCUGGCACGAUGGAGGACGUGGAGAGCACAGCGCAUACCGAGCGAACCUGGGGCAGAUAUCAAGGACGCAGUCAGGAUCAGUAUAAGGAUGCCAUCGGGCGAGCGUGUGGUUCGACGAUUCGGACAUGACGCUGAGCUGGAGGAGCUGUAUGCUUUUGUGGAAUGUUACGACGAGCUCGAAUCGCCCUCGGAAAAGAAUGCUCAAGAACCAGAAGAUGAUUACGAACAUACAUACAAGUUCAGACUUGUGUCACCUAUGCCUCGAGAGGUGUUCGAAGUGGAAGCCAAGGGUACCAUUCGGGACAGAAUUGGUAGGAGUGGCAACUUGAUUGUAGAGAAGAUCGUGGAGGACGACGAGGACGAGGAAGAGGACGAAGACGCACAAUGAAAGUCAUGAAACUCUUGGUCUCAGCUUUGCGAAAAUGCACUGUUGAGUGCUUGCCAACAUGUUAUCUUGGACGUGUCCCCAUGUUCUAGCAGCACGGAAAGCAGGCCAGCCAGAGGCUUGAGAGCAUCUUCACGACACGGCUGCCUCCCAACACUCAUGGCACUGAGCCUAGUGCGCCCCUUUGUUUGCGCUUGAGCGAGUUCUCCGCUGAAUCGGCAUUGAUACUCUCAGCAGCAUGGGCUUCGAUCAUGCUCCGCGCAAAAGCCACAUUGAUACAGGAUCGGCCAUGAGUCCCGAGAAGUUCGAGAAAACCCGCUACUGCGCCUGGAUCAAUAUGGUUGCUGUUGAAUUCUGCAAGUCGCUCAGCUUGAUCGCGGCUUGUUCCUAG